AUGCAGCAGACUUCAGCCGACGACAGCUUCGCUCAUCUUAGCCGACUGUCGCAAAAGGCAGGAGUGCAAGCAACUCUGAUUCUCUCUCGCGAGACCGGUGCUAUUGUUCGCUCUUCUGGACUGGUAUCGCGUGACGAAUCCUCGAAUGCAGAGAGCACACUGCCAGCAUCCAAUGGCUUGACCGAUGAUCGAACUGAUGGCGCCAUGCCCAACGCUGAGCACGUCGCUGAAGUUGUUUGGAAGUUCGCAAAGGCCGCCGGCGACAUGUUGGAAGAACUCUCAAACUUGCCCGACGACGACGUGAGAUUGCUCAGGUUGCGUUCAAAGAAUAAGGAAUAUGUUAUCUUCCCAGGUUCGAACACAUCUCUCCAUGUUGGACCUACUUCUGACAAAGACACAGAUGCCAAGUUCAUUGCCGUCGCCAUCCACAACACUCCACCAGCAUGA